CGACACGACAGGAAGUAAGGUUCUGGUCCCUGAACUUGCGCAUUUCAUCCAACCGAGCGUGUCUUGCGCAGCAUACAGAUCCAUGAGAGAAACCGACUGAAGAUGCAGCUGAGUCAAAAUUGCAACGAGCACAAGAAAGGAAAGAACUCCCUCCAUCAUCUCACAGCGGCCGCGGUUCCAUAGCGAAUUUGUGUUGACGUGCGCUCAAGGGACGCGAUAUUAGUGUACGUGUAUACAAGUGUGUGACGCUGUGCUAUCUGUGGUAGAGUGAGUAUAGAAGCGUGCAUGUUCUUGAGCCUCGUCUCGCGAGUCAAGCUGCGCAUUGACGAGGACAUGAUACUAGUCAAGCGGUCGUGUGGUUGUGAGUAGUGUUUUUGCAGCGCUCCACAAGGACUGAGUACAGACGUCAAAAAAAUGAGCGACCAAUCGCAGCGUCCGGCCUUCGACUGGGGCUCCGUGUAUCUGGCGAAACGCGCACGUCCAGUCGCCGACCAUGACAUCGACCACGAGCUGGCUUCAAAAAUGCGAAAAAUGGAUCCGAAUGUCGCAACUUCAACUCUCGUUGGUGGCUCCUCCAGUAGCUCGUCGAGAAAUCUUUCAUCAGCCCAGCCAUUUGGCAGCGCAGCAGCAAGUACAGGACUAGCAGCAGCUCCAGGGAUCGCAUCUUCGUCCAGCUCCGCCUCCGCCUCAUCGUCCGCUUACCAACAGCAGCCUCCAAUGACGCCAACAUUUGGCACGACUUCGAGCCACCACCUGGCGUUACACACAGGCGGGCUCGCGGGAGCUACUGGAGACCAGAGUCACAGUCAUUCAUCUUCUUCUCUACUUGGUCAGUCUCUCUGGUCACCGCGGACGUUGGGCGGGAGCACGAUGUCUGACCAUUACAGACCUGGACCGUAUGGCGUAGCGUCUUCAGCACAGGCAGUAGUUCCCCGGCCUGAGCAAACCGACGACCUGGCCUGCAGCGCGCUCAGCCCCGUGACGGACGGAGACAGAGAGUUGCUCGCAAACGCAAUUGGAGGCGGUGGACACAUGCACGGGCUGUUGACGGAGAACACGCUUGCUGCAUCGUCGUCGUCUUCAGCAAUGAACCACCAGGGAAGAAGUGGUAGAACAACAACAGCAGGGACGGCGGGCCGUCAGUUUCUACAGAGUAACCGCCAAACGCCAUCGUUCGACGGAACAAGCAUGGUGGGCCCACCCGAUUCCUCGGCAACGAACAUGGCAAUCUUCCCUAAGCAUCCGCUCUCAACAACAUCGAAGACGCCACACUCCAGUCCGAAUGUCAGUAUGGUAGAUAGUAAGAUGAACUACGCCGAACGGAGAAGUAGCAGAACAGCAAACGACCUUCUGCAGAAAACCACCUCACUCUCCUCAGACGAUGCGGAUGAAAACGAGGAAAAGAAGGAGCGGAUUCCGCGGCCACUGGAAAUUGCGGGUGUGACCAAUCUGAGUUCCGCACCGACGCCACCGUAUCACCCCUACGCCAUUAUCCCAUACCAGUCCCCCGAGGAACAAAUUGCGCAGAUCCAGCAGAGGGGACAAACGGGCACCAGCAUCCCACGUACAAUUGUUUGCUUUCUUCCUGCUUCUCGUGGUCUUUGCCUUUGGGUAACGUUGCUCUUGCUGCCUUGCACAGGAGUAAAGAAUUCCCUUGAUGAGCAGCUUGCUUCUACCGCUUCUCGCUAGCAAGACGAUAUGAUGAAGAAGCUUCUGGUUCUGGUUAAGCACUCUUUAGUAUACUUACAGUUCGAAAAAAAACUCAGGUUCCGUGCAGUUCGAGCCUUCGAUUUCCCAUAUCCACCUGCAGCAAAACCAGUUUCUUGGCCUGCCGCAGGUGUUCGCCCAGCAGCACCAACAGGCCGCGCGAAGCAGUUUGGUCGGGACGAAUCGACACGACAAUCACAGCGGAACAACAGCCGCUAGUGCAUCACAUCAGCAACAAAACACAAAUUCCGCCACACUGCUGCGGCCAAACGGAGCGCAGAAUCAGGGCCUGGCGAUCAUGGUGUACGAGGAGCCGACCGUGUAUCCAACUGCGUCGAGUAGUAGUGUGACGGGAAUCGCUGGUCAGAUGGAGCGGGACAACAGCGUGGAAAGCGGUUUUAUGGAAGACCGGGACAGCAGCGGUAGUAUGAUGGAUAUUGGUUAGAAGAAGUAGAAUAGCUGUGAUUCUCUUCAUCUCGUACUUAACUUCUUCAUUUCCUGUCAGUCUGUUGUGCAGAUUCUCAAGAACUCGACGCUUGUGUGAGUGUACUUCGUAUCUAUUGCUCCUGUAGUACCUAUUCUUGUCGAGGAUCAAACACACAGGAUUAGGACGAAGCGACUAGCGACUCGUAUCUUUGACGGCUCCGCUCUAUGACAAGGGCAGCAUGCUGCGCACUUGUCAGAAUUGACGCCGUAUAUUUGAAGGCAUAAAAUACGGAAAAAAUCCGAAUGUACAUAUGUUUUGCGCUCGAAAAUGUUGUUAGAGUUACGACCUGGUGGAGCACAUCCAUGCACAAAAAUGCAAAGAAUGCCCUGGUAGAAAAUUAAGUGCCACUAAAAGUACUACCAGCGACUCUCGUUUUGUUGUACAAAAUGAAAAGUUUCUUUGGAGUCCGGAGUUUCUCAUCCGAAAGAACGAUUGCAUCAGAAGAUACGACAUAGGAAAU